UGAGUUUGAGAUCAAAAGCAGGAAGAUCAGUUAAGCAUUGUAUUCACACAGUGGCAGAGCCUGUAAGAGUUUAGCUUUAUCUUCUUCUUCCAUUUAGAUUCUUUUGAAGUGUACAGUAUUUGUGAUUUAAACCUCCCACCCGGAUCUUUAACCUCAUAAAAGGCUGUGAUACAGGGAUUUUAUUUUCUACUUUCCACUGACUUGGCAUCAAACAUCAGAUUCACAGGAUAAAGAACUUAGCUGAGUGAGAAUCAACGUUCUGAAGAUUUUAAAAAUGGCUUCGGUGACUCCAGGAUAUGAGUUCAGCACAGAAGAUUAUGAUUACCUAGAUGAAGGGCUAUGCAACCUUGACCCUAAUCCUGCAGAGGUCAUCACCCAAACCUACAUCCACUCUGUCAUCUGUGCCUUUGGCCUGAUGGGCAAUGCCCUUGUAAUCGUCACUUACCUAUUCUACAAGAGAACAAAGACGAUGACGGAUGUCUAUCUCUUCAAUGUGGCGCUGGCAGACCUGAUCUUUGUGGUAGCCCUGCCAUUUAUCAUAUACAACGAGCAGCACAGUUGGUUAAUGGGCUCCGUGGCUUGCAAGAUGCUGAGGUCUGCCUACAGUGUUAACCUCUACAGUGGCAUGCUCCUGCUCGCGUGCAUCAGUGGCGACCGUUACAUUGCUAUAGUUCAGGCAAGGCGCUCCUUUGGGGCUCGCUCACGAACCCUGAUCUACAGCCGCCUCAUCUGUUCCACUGUCUGGGUGUUUGCGGGGGCUCUGACUCUGCCUACACUCAUCUACACUGAACGCUUUGAAGAGCAAAAUCUGGGAGUUGAGACCGUGACUGUGAUGUGUCAGCUGUCUUUCAGCAAGAAUGAGACAGCAAAGCUAAUGAAAGUGAUGGUCCCCAGCCUUCAGAUGGCUAUUGGCUUUCUGCUACCUCUCGUGAUAAUGAUGUUCUGCUACUCAAGUAUUGUGUGCACCUUACUAAGAACACAGAGCAGCCAGAGGCAUAAGGCUGUUCGCGUGGUUUUGGCAGUUGUUGUGGUCUUUAUCAUUUGUCAUCUACCCUACAACGUGACUCUGCUGAACCACACUCUUUCUCUUUUCAAAGAGAGGAGCUGUGAGGCUGAAAGGAUUAAACUGCAAGUUCUGGCUAUUUCAAGGAGUGUAGCCUACCUCCACUGCUGUCUCAAUCCCAUCCUCUACGCCUUCAUAGGGGUGAAGUUUAGGAACCACUUCCGCCAGAUAAUAGUGGACCUGUGGUGCUUUAGCAAAAGGUACAUCCACUCUUCUCGCACAUCACGUGCUACAUCAGAUUUCUGCAUCUCAGGCUUAAAGUCUUCAGACGGCUCUAACAACAUGUCAUCAUUCAGCGCAUGAUGCUUUAGUACCUUACCUUACUGAAGAUGAAUGUGAGUAGAGAUCAUCUGAAAUAUGUUGUAUCUGAGGAAACAUUAUCGAGUUAACUUUACUGAGAUACAAUAUCGUAAAAUCUAUUUUUCUCAUACUAUUGCAAAGGGCAAGUAAAAAAAACCCCAUUACAAUAUAAAAUAAAUGCCACUUUCUAGCUUGCUGCCUAUGAAUGUAUGAAUUUCUAUGAUUUAACACAGAACAACACCAAUAGACAUGAUUAAAAGUAAAACUGAGCAGCAGAGGCUGAGAUAUCUUGACUUAAACUCCAUAAAUGCUGGAUCCUGCAUCUACUCUAAUGCAACCAAUUGCAUAUUUUUGUUAGACCCUCCCUACCUGGUAAACACCCACAUCUUUCAAUCUUCAUGCUUUCUGAGUCAAUCUUGAUGACCUCAGCUUAGGCUUGCUAAGAUCAGCAGAACACAUUUUAUAGGAAUGAUGUUUAUGUGUCAGAGGAAAUCAGUGGAGUUCCCCCUUUAAAGAAGCGGAAAAAAUGCAGUUACUUGACAAACUACUCAGUUACUGUAAACUGUACAGGCCGUAUAAUAUUAUAUAGUCCAAUAGACUUUUUUCACAGCAGACAUUUCGACUUGGCAUAACUAGAAAAGAACUGGUGUAACUAAUAAUAUCAAUCAUCUGCUCAUUUAAAGGUAAAAAUCUUGUUAUGACUCAAAGUCGCAUCUUAUGUCAUUGUCCCCAUUUAGCAUUGGUUACUUAACACAAAAUUAGCUGUGCAAAGAUGGACUUAAAGCCCUGUUAUGUUAGUAAGAGCAAAUAUGAAAGAGGGCAAACAAUUGUAGAAGUCUUAUUUAAUAUAGUGAGAUAUGGUGCCUUUUUUUUUAAAUUUUAUAUAUUAAUGGCUCAUAGACUCAAGCAAAUCCACAUGUCCACUCUGCUGAUGUCAGAAUUCACCUCUUAAAUUUGAACAAAUUAUCCUCUGUAAAUACAGAUAUUUAAUGAUAUAUUAUAUAAUGAUAUAUUACCAAAAGCUUUCAAAGCAGGUUACAAAUUUUAUUUACAGAAGUCUUGUUUUCGUUGGUUGAGAAAGAGAAAAAAGAAAUUCUAUCCUUGCUCUUGUGUAUACUCCUCCAUCAGAUGCCACUGAGUCAGUGCACCACUCUGCUUCAGACUAUAUUGGGCAAAAAACCAACAUGUCUGUGCAUUCUUGUUGAUACACGGCACCAUAAACUAUUAAAAAAGAUCACAAUGAUUGGUUGACUUGGAUCCAAACUCAGUAGGACUGGUUUUGUUCCUUUGCUUCUACCGAAACAAUUAUAACUGGUAUAAAUGAUGUAUGAUUGUAACAUAUUUUCAUUCUUGUACUUUACUUGUACUAAUGUCUCCAUAAGUUGGCUCAUCUUAUUUUACAGUAUAUGAAUAUGAUGAAAAUAUAUAUGAAGCUUAAGUGAUUCAUACUUAUAAUCUCACUGGACUGUUACAGUCAUCUCCAUAUUUUUUUCCACUAUGUACAUAUUCUUGUAUCAUUUACAGUGCUUUUAUAUGUUUUGCAUUUUGUUAAUCUGAUUCCUCCAUUAUGAUUGAUUGUCCUGAA